GUUCUUUGCUAUUCUAAGCGCACGCACGCACGGACGCACGCGCACAUUCGGCCGGGCGCUCCUACGGACGGCAACAUGACGGAGGCCGCCGCGGCGGCAACAAUUCAGCACCGGUUCUUCUGUCACUGCUGUAAGCGUGAAACGCAACCCCUUCUCCCGGAUUUUGUCUGCCCCGGGUGCAAGUCUGACUUUAUCGAGGAGGUGGAACAUGACUCCAGACUCUUGGAGAGCAGCGCAGCAGAGAGCAGCCAAGACUCCAACUCGUUAUUCUCCGAACUAUGGCAGCUGUUGUUUAUGGAGCGCUCGGCUCUGCUGUCGCACCCGCCGUCAUCGGAGCGGGAGGACGGCGAGACGUUGCUUAGCGCUCAAAGUCGUCUUCCUUUGGUGACACCGGGCAACGCUGAGGUCAGAGAGCUACACUUUCUCUCCCAGCCUGGGGAGGAGAGGUCACCCCGACCUGAGCAAAGACCUCAAGUGGAAGGGAUCGUGCAACACUUCUUGGCCGACCUGUUUACAACCAAUGGAAACCCCAGCGCUGCGCCAGCUGCAUUAUCGAGCAUGCUGCAACUGUACUCUAACCCGGCAGAUUACGCGUGGGGUCAGGGAGGCCUGGAUACAGUCAUUACGGAGUUGUUAGGACAGUUGGAGAACACGGGUCCCCCCCCUGCCGAAAAGAACAGGAUCUCAUCCUUGCCGACGGUUUGCAUUUCUCAAGAGCAAACAGACCGCAGACUGGAGUGUACAAUUUGCAGGGAGGAGUAUUCAUCGGGGGAAUGUGUCCGCAAGCUACCGUGCCUCCAUUACUUCCACGGUGACUGUAUAGUGCCUUGGCUGGAACUGCACGAUACGUGUCCAGUGUGCCGCAAAAGCCUGGACGGUGUCGACCACAGUCUCCUCCAAUCUCCAGAGGGUCGCGCCAUUAAGGCAACAGAGCAACACGGCAGGCGGGCCAUCUGAAUUAUGGCCAUCAUCAUCCUUUGCAGCUUGAAGUGUCGCUUCAUUUGCACGUUUUAGCCGCCGAUCCCUGCUUUUUCAUGGCCCGUACUAAGUCACUCAGCAGAGCAGUAAGCUGACAAGACCACACUGUACGCUGCUUUCCUCAAUGGCUGAUUCCGAUGUGCGGAACUUGUCACCACCAAGCUGCCAGCUGACCGGGAAAUAAUACUUUUCAAUGAAGACUGUUUGGAAGACAGUGACCUGCUUUCGCCAUCACACUCUUUGGUUAUUAAAGUUCAUCACUGCGAUCCUCA